CGAGCUAACAAAAGUUAUCAAAAAUAUCUCAGCUGACGCAACGUUUAUCUAGCAUCGAACGUGUUUUUCAUAGCACUUUAAUCUUUCAAGACUUUAGUGACUUUUGGCCUAUUUUCGGUAUUUAAAAAAUUUACCGUUUCUUUCUGUAACCCUUGUAACGAAUUCCAGGAAAGAAACAAUCAUCUGCUAGAAGAUUCGGCAACUAGGAAUCGUUAUUUGAUGAAAUGAAGCGUUCUAUUACUAAAUUAAAUUUUUGCAAUUGAUCAGGUUAUUUCCAGAAGAAGGAAUGGCAAGUAGACCACCACCACCAACUUCACCUUUCCAGUUAACAUUUGGAAGUCCUACUUGGAGAUUCCAAAUUCAGCAAGGAAACAGUCAGCAACUUGUACUGUCACAAUGGCUACAAGGUCAGAGAUUGCCAGCACGGCAGAGAGAAAGUUUAACACAGCCCAGUGGUCAAGGACAACCAGCCACUAACAUUGAAACCGCUGUAGACAUAUCUAGUUCAGACAGUCCCAUUUUGAACCAGUCACCUUCAAAUGCGCACACCCUUCCCAGUUCUCCUACAACCCAACCAGCAACCAAUGUGUCAACUAAUCCCUUCUCAGCUAUCAACCUAUUUCUGGAACAGAAUCCAGAGAUGUAUGGUGUUCUGCAAACACUUCUGACUUACAUUCCUUUUUUAAUUCUAAUUUUAUUUAAGGAAAUUUACAAACACACCUCAGAUAUACUUGUUAUUUUGGCAUUGGUUGUGACUUUUAUCCAUGCUGAUAGGACUGUACAGAGAGAAGUUGCUAAACAAGGCAAAAGGGAACUGAAACCCUUGGGAAUAAUAACCGUAAACAUUGUUGCCUGCACCUUACUAGUGCACUUCCUGUGCGGUGACAGUGAAUUUUACCACAGCCUUUUGGUUUUCCCGCCGAAUUCUGCGCCGCUGUCAUUGGCCAAUUUGCUUUGGGUCGUGACGACAACUGAUCAUAUCCUGAAACUUUUUACAGUCUUUUUAAAAGGACUGCUAGUUUCGUUUCCACUAGGAUUUUUUCCUAUUUCACACCGGGGGAAAUAUUUCGCCUUCGUUGAAAGAUCGUCUCACCUUUACCGAGCCCUAGCUGCAGUCCCACCAUGGAUUCACUACCUUCUAACCAGUCAAUCAAGUGAAAAUUCAAGCUUGUAUUAUUACGAUACCCUCAUUGGAGUCUGCCUGUGUGGGAUUUAUUUGACCUGCAAAGCUUAUAGGGCUGUCAAACUUGUAACCAAAUGGAAGCUCUCAGUGUCAAAACUUUUUCAAAGCACAUGCUAUGGAAGCCUUCCUACCAAUGAACAACUACAAGAUGCAGGCCCAAUGUGCCCCAUUUGUCAUGAUAGCUACCGAAAGCCUACGUUCCUUUCUUGCAAACAUAUAUUCUGCGAGGAUUGCCUGUCGAUGUGGCUGGAUAGGGAGAGAACAUGCCCGAUGUGUCGUUCAACGGUCGCCGAAGAUCCCAAAUGGAAAGAUGGCAGUACCUCAUAUCUUGUCCAGCUUUUCUGACUUGCUUACAGGGCCCAUACCUUAACAUAGAUGCCUCCUAUUAUAUAUUGUAUUGUAUAAAUUGGUUUCCAAU